GGGCACAGCGGGCACAGCGGGCACGACGGCGGCAGGAUGUUGGCCAGCAGGGCGUUGGGCCUCGUGGGCAGACGCGCGCUCUCCACCUCGAUGCGCCUCCGGGCCCACGGGAGCGUGGUGAAGAGCGAUGACUACGCCCUGCCCAUCUACGUGGACCGCCGCGACUACCCGCUGCCCGACGUGGCGCAUGUCAAGAGCCUGUCGGCCAGCCAGAAGGCCCUGAAGGAGAAGGAGAAGGCGGCCUGGAGCAGCCUGUCCACCGAGGAGAAAGUGGAGCUUUACCGCCUCAAGUUCAACGAGACCUUCGCCGAGAUGAACCAGGGCUCCAACGAGUGGAAGACGGUGGUGGGCGGCGCCCUUUUCUUCAUUGGGAUCACGGCGCUGGUGCUCAUCUGGGAGAAGUUCUACGUGUACGGCCCCAUCCCGCACACCUUCGAGGAGGACUGGGUGGCCAUGCAGACCAAGCGCAUGCUGGACAUGAAGGUGGCCCCCGUGCAGGGCUUCUCGGCCAAGUGGGACUACGACAGGAACAAGUGGAAGAAGUGAGGCCCCGGCCCCGCCCCGCAGCCCCCCCAGCCCCUGCUCGCUCUCGCUCCCGGAGCUAAUAAACGAACGAGCCGUG